AAAUCAUCAUGAAAUUACUUGAUGGCAUUCUGAAGUAUGCAAAAACUGAAGAUGCAAAAUCUGCUCAGAAGAAGAGAUCAAAGGUGCUUUCCACCAGCCGUGUUAAUACCAAAACUGGUGCAGUGGUGACAACUCUGAGUCCAGGCCCCGAAUCGUGAAUUAAAACUUAUAUCAAAUCUAAUACAGGGAGGAAUUAUCAGCAGAAUCUUAACACAAUUUGUCGAAUGCAGCGGAAAGGGAACGAUACUAGGAGCUAUAUAAAGUUAAUCAGAAAUAAAAGAUUAUAUGAUGAACACAAUCCUUCAAUGCCUUCUAAGAGAGAACGCUAUAAGAGAAAUCUCAGAAGAAGCAAAACUUUAAACCCUGAUGCUGCAAAGGUAAAAAGAGAUCGAAUCUGCUCUGUUGGUAUGCAUGAUUACGGGCCAUCAGCAAGAAAUGUUCUUAUAGAUCCCAAGGCUUUAGUUAAAUAAGAUCUCUGAGUUUAAGAUAAUACCUUAUAAUUCUAAGAAAUUUAUCAAAAAGGUUGUCUCUGAGUGUAAGAAGUCUCAUGAAGAGCGUUUAAAGAGGAUUAACAGAACCAUGUCUACUCUAAAUCAAAGAAAGAAUAGCAUUGAACGUAAUUACAACAACUUCUUACUGAGCAAGCCUACAGAGAAGUAGCCAAAUUCAGAACCUCAGCAACUUCAUCAAAGUCAAAAAGGCCUUCCUUAAGAACUACCUCAAGAUGCCUCUCAAGAGACUUAACCUAGACACGUUUGAGUUUUCCAACGAGAUCUCUGAAGGGUGGGGUCCCCCACCCUUAGAGCUCUUCGAGAAAUCAAUCGAAAGAUUACGCAAUGAAAAUAACACAAGUGUUGAAGAAAUCCAGAAAUCUAUUAAAGCAGUGAAGUUGCAGAAUAAAUAGUUACUUCAGGAAGCCUAUUAGCCUGGAGAAUUUAUAUAAGCUACAGAAGAAAGAAGAUGAGGAACUGGAGGGGAAUAGCAGUAAGAAGUCGAAGAGUAGGAAAGUUAAAGGUGGCAAAGCCAAAUCGAUAGUGAAAGUUAAAGAGAAGAGUGAGAAGAAGAAUUUAAAAGAGGAUUAUCGUCCUCAAAUGCAUGAAAAAGCAAUUUCACAAAUAAUUGAUAAAAAGACAAAACUUGUUAACUCAAAAUCAAGACCUGUACUGAACCCUAUGUUUUCAAAAUCAAACAACUUUAGUCAAAAACAUGUCAAACACAAUCAAUCUUCCAACCAAAUAGAAAACAAAAUCCCGAGAAACGAUCUUUUAAGGCUCAAAAAAGCCGCUCUUGCGGCUCAAGGGGCAAAACUCUUCAUGCCUCAGAAUCCAUCUAGCCCACAAUAACACAAAAAAUGCCAAAAUACCCUUUAAUCACCACUUUCAAUC